AUGCAGUUCAAGCUCCUCGCCGCCCUCCUCUUCGCCGGCACCGCCCUGGCCGCCCCCCAGGGCACCAGCACCUCGUCCUCCUCCAGCGAGGACGACUCUAUCCUCCUCGACUCGGUCCCCAGCUCCAUCCUGACCGUCAUCGCGACCGCCAUCCCGGCGACCUGGUUGGCUGACAUCAUGGACCCCUCCUCCAGCGCCUCCAUCAUGUCCGAGAUCGAGGCCGGCACCCUGCCUGCUUGGUACAACAACCUGCCCAGCAGCGUCAAGGCCUGGGCUACCAGCGCCUACGGCUUGGAUAUUACCGCUACUGACUCAGCCAAUGCCGCUACCACUACUGCCGCCGGUGCUGUUGCGACCGCGACUGGUGCUGCUACCACUGCUUCUACCACUGGUUCGGUCGAGUCUUCCAGUGCUGCUGUGAGCGGCGCUGUUUCGUCGGCUACGUCCGUUGCGUCCAAGGCUACUUCUGCUGCGGCUUCGUCUGCUCAUGCUUCUGCUACUUCUACUGGUGGUGCUCCCGUUGCUACUGGUGGUGUUGCUAUGAGCAUUAUGGGUGCGGCUGGUAUUCUGGGCCUUGCUCUGGCUCUGUAG